AUGUCUACUUCAACACCGCCUCGAAAAAUUCUUUUCAUGACAAACAGCGAGUAUGGCCAAAGUAACGUGGUAUUCGCAACAGCCUAUGAACUUAUUAUAAGAGGGGCAGAAGUUCAUAUUGCCUCAUUUGAAGCACGUGCCCUUGCGGAGGAAGUCUCUGAUAUUAUCGACUAUGGAAAUCUUCGUUCGCCCAUUCGAACACGAGUCGAUGAAUUGAAUGCUGGCGAAUAUGGUCUAAUACCAACUGGUUGUAGCAAAGCAGUUUUCCAUCCGAUAGACUGCCCUGGGAUGGUGGAGAAAAUCGCAUCAAUCUUGCCUGGUCAGGAUGGUCAGAAUGGCCUACGGCAUGGCGUUGGUUUUAGAGAAGCAUGGAGAGUCUAUGCGCAUAUGACAUUGAUCCUGGCGUCCUAUACUCCUGAAGAGUAUGUUAAGGGAGUUAAUUCUUGUGUUGAAAUUGUUAAAAGUGUCAAUCCGGACGGUAUUGUGGUGGAGAAAUUAUGCUCGCAUGCUUUUGAUGCAUGUGCUGUCUUGGGCAAGAAAACCAUGAGUAUUAGCCCAAAUAGUUUCAAGGAUACUUUAGCUCAAGCUCAACCAAAUGGCUUUUCAUUAUGGGGUUUGGCCUCUGUAUGUUCGGGUUUCAAUUUUCCUCUCCCAUGGUAUCUCAUCCCCUUGAACAUCAUCCUCACGAUUCGUCUCAUAAUCAUCAUCGUCACAAGCCCAAAUAUCAAAGCUAUCGAAGCUGGACGUAAGAAAGCCAACAUUCCCGGACAAUAUCCAUUCUUUGUUCCAUACUCCAAAGAUAUCCAUUAUUUGCUUCCCACUGGACGAGAGUUUGAUCUCAAACUACCCUAUAUCCCGGAAAAUGUGACAUCCUGUGGACCGCUCACUUUCGCUUCCCACCCGCUCUCUCAAGCAGACCCAGAACUCCUAGAAUGGUUGGAGAAAGAACCAACCGUGCUUAUCAACUUCGGAUCACAUCUAAAUGGAAGCGUAAAUUUCAAUCGCAAUCUCGCAACCGCAGUGCGCAUCCUCCUAUCCCACAAUCCAUCCAUCCAAGUACUUUGGAAACUCAAACCUACACCCUCAGGAGCCGAUCCAGCUAUUGAGGAAAUACUCGCUCCUAUUGCCGCUCAAGUAAAGCUCGUAAAAUGGCUCAAGCCAGAACCUAUUUCUAUCCUUCGAUCUGGUCACAUCAUAGCCUGUGUUCAUCACGGCGGAGCGAACUCGUAUUUUGAGAGCAUUGAGACUGGGAUUCCUCAAUUAAUCCUGCCUUGUUGGUUUGAUACGUAUGAUUAUGCCGAGAAGACGGAGUUUUUCGGUAUUGGUGUGUGGGGAAGUAAGAAUUAUGCUCCUGAUGUUGAUGGAGAGGAAUGUGGAAAGGCAUUGAUUCGAGUGACGGAAGAUAAAUCUAUUCAGGAAAAAGCAAAGGAAAUGGGUGAACUUGUUCGAGAGAAAUAUGGAGGAAGAAAAGAUGCCGCGGGAAAGAUAUUGGAGUUGAUUGAGGGCGAAUUUGGAUUAAGAAAGAAGUCGUAG